CUAGGCCACCACCUAAGAAAGGAGCAGUUUUCUGAGGUCCUGGGAAGGGAAUGCUCCCUUGAGCACAAUGCUCUACAAGGAGCUCCAAGACACCUACUCUUUCUGUCACUAUUUUAAGUUCAAAACAAUUAGCAAGUUUCCUGCCACCAUGAAGCCUCAUGUACUGCAGACUUCCUGGAUUUAAAACAGUUUUAGGUGGCAGCGGGACACUCAAGAGAUGCCUUGGAAACUCAGACUCCAAAACACCAAGCAGAGAACAUCCAGAUGCUGGGAUUGCCACGACACAGAAGAGUGUUUCUGCCUCCCGUGGAAAAAAUUAUGUGUUUUUAAAGCAAGGCAAGAUUCCCCAAAGAAAAAUGAAGGAAUGACACCUACUCCUAUCCAGCAGGACCGUGCUAAUCAGACCCACACGGAGGAGCUCUGCUAUGUCCUUAUCCAUCAUCACAAGGACCAAGGAAGAAGGCCUUCAGGGACCUCUGCUGAGGUGUACUAUGAGAAUGUUUCCUGCAAGGCUGAGAGACCCAAAGAGUCUUUGGGAGGAACAGAGACUGAGUAUUCACUUCUCCGUGUGCCCUCCACUCCUAGGCACCCCCCUUCCCCAGAAGAUGAAUAUGAGCUUCUCAUGCCAAGCAAAAUCUCCUCUCCCUCCCUAAAACAGCCACACGUACUUCCCUCCCCUUUUGAGACACAGUUUUCCCUUUUACAAUGAAGAAGCUGGACUAGUGUUAGUUUAGCACCAGCAGGUAAAAGUGGAAAGUGGGCGUCUCUGCUUGAAGCAAGCCUCAGGUAGGAAGCCCUUCUGUGCAAAGUUUUCUAAAGACAAAGGCCUCUAAGAUCCUGCUCAACAUUCAACAUCUGAGAGUCAACCAGUCAUCCUGAACACCACUAUUUGAGAAAGGAGUGAUCAUCCUUGGUUCUAAAAAGAACUGGAAGUACUGUGUGGUGGAAAGAGAUUUGUGGUUCCCCUGCAGCUCUGUUUACCACGAAAUGUUCUUGGAUUCUUACAAAAUAUCAUCAUGAUUGUUAUCUGAAGGUA